CUUGCAUGCUGUCGGAAAGCAUCUCAGAGGCGGGGACGGCAGCUUGCGCUUCCGUGAUGCCACCGUCUGAGCACGCCUGUACACGAGUAGCGAUGGACCUUCGGCUAACUCUUCGGGUACCAAUGCGAGAGUAUUGCUUCAAGUAACUGUACAUUAUUGAUAUUGAAAGCUAUUCUGUAGAACCUGGUUUCCGAUCAGUAUCCUAAAAGUGAGAGACAAGGCUACAAUCCCGACUACCACCAUCCAAAUGGCUCCGACACUAAACUAUGUCUUCUCCCUCCAUGUUAACCUAGCACCACCCGUCGACCUCGGCCCCUUAUCCGCAGGUCACAGAAGAUACAUCCCCAUCACCGGUGGUUCCAUCAAAGGGACACGGCUGGAGGGAAUCAUAUUGCCAGGCGGAGGCGACUGGAAUGAUGCACAAGUUGAUGGGAGCUACCACAUGCGAGCAGAAUAUGUGCUCCAAGCCAAUGAUGGAACAUCGAUCUUCAUCCAUAAUGAAGGAGAUGCUCGCAACGAUGCGUCGUCCGGUUGGUAUGCACGAACGGUCGCCAAGUUCGAUGUCAAGGAGGGCCCGCAUGCUUGGUUGAAGAAGUCACUCAUCAUCGGCGAACAGCUUCCACCUCCACCUUCUCUCGCGUUUGUCGAGUUCAAUUUCUACGAGGUGCUGUAGAAGCGAAGAGAAUAAGAAAUGCUACGGGUGACUGCGCGCUCACAGCCAAGCUUCUCAAUCACAUCACCUCCUCACCCAUCCUACGUAUUACUUGCAAGCCGGGCACCUCCAGUUCCAGUGGUGCGCGCUCUCUUUUGUCCACGUGCUCGGCCUCAUGUACUCGUCGUGAG